AUGGCCGGAGGCACAGCCAAAUAUCGACACCUGAGUCGGAAAUCUUCGCACAGACAGGCUCUCCUCCGAAAUUUGGUUACAUCUCUCUUCAAGCACGAGUCAAUCACGACAACUUUUGCCAAGGCGAAGGAGGCUCAGAGACUAGCCGAGAAGCUGAUCACUUUGGGCAAGAAGAACACUGAGACAAGUCGGAGGACGGCACUGUCUACAUUCUAUACUCCGCAUGAAAUCCUCCCUAAACUAUUCGGCCCUCUCCGUCAGCGCUACGCAAACCGCCCCGGCGGGUACACGAGAGUCCUGCGGGUUGAGCCGAAGAAGGAUGAUCAGGCACCCAGUGCAAUCCUGGAACUCGUUGAUGGACCCAAGGAUAUGCGCUUUGCGCUUACGGCGAAGGCGGUCGCAAGACGACGUAGCCAGGGACUCGAGACGCUGAAUGAACUUACACUUAUGAAUGUACGCAAGGUAACGCAGUUUCGGAAGGACGGAGUUGAGGAGUUGGAGAGAGCGAUCUCGCGGGUAAAGCUUGAUGAGGUCAAGGCGCCUGUAAAAGCAACGGCGACGAAGAGGAAUGGAAGUAAUGCUCAGCAUGCGCAGGUGGCCAACACGGAAGCUGAGAGACAACCAGAAGAACGCCCUUAG